AUGGAUGAAGAAACCUUUGACGGCGAUAUCUCCAUUCAGGAUAUUAAAAAGCCUCCCCUGUCAGGCGCUGACAACGCAAUAGUUUCGAACAUUGUGUUCCAGGGCUUUAUAACAGGAGCAAUACUACUUGUGUAUAUUGUGCUUAGGAAGAGAACAAAGUGGCUGUACAUGCCAAACAUCAAGAACAGACCGCAUCAUCCUUGCUAUGGAUACACAGGCUUCCUGAGCUGGAUCAUACCGGUGGUAACUGUGAGCGAUACUGCGCUACUGACAAUAAUAGGCCUGGAUGCAUUCAUGAUGUUGCAGACGAUCAAGCUACUGUUCAGGAUUCUUUUAAUCCUAUCGAUAUUUAUCAUCCCAUCGCUAGGAUAUCUGUUCUGGAAAAGCGAGUGGAAGGGCGCUGAGCACGCAAACCAGUUCUUUGUGCGGCUUUCGCUAGAAAGCAUCGACCCGAUGUCAAAAGCAUAUGGCUGCAUUGUUCCAAUUGUGUAUAUGAUUUCAUUAUUCAUCAUUUAUUCGAUAUUUAUAUACUAUAAGAGAUACAUUGUUCUGAGGCAGGCGUACCUGAGGAAUCCUGCGAUCAUGACAUCAAUAAUAACUCUGAAGAAACUCUCAUACACACUUGGAUCUGCCGAAAGAUCUACAGAAUACAUGAAUCUUCCAAACAGAACACUUAUUAUGUCGAGGCUGCCGUUCUACAUAAACAACGACACGGAUCUCUUUGAGUUUGUGGAUUCCCUCGGCGUUGGCGAAGUCGAUGAUUGUGUGCUUGUGUACGACACCACAAUUCUCCAGAAGCUGUACAACGAGAAAGAUCAGUACAUACAUAACAUUGAGAAGGAAAUCCACGAGAAGCUUGCAAGAAUAAAUGAGUGGUCUGAAAAAAACGAGGAAGCAUGUAUGAAUUCCAUACCUGGAUUCAACAAGAGUAUUUUCAAUACAGUCAGCGAUGCAGAUAUAAUGGGUGUUUUUGAAGAUGCACAGAAGCAGCAGCUGGUUGCAAUGUUUCUGAACGGCGCACAACAAUUCAGCAAUCUUCUUGAGGAAGGAAAGAUGCCGAAGAUAAACUUCUAUCUUGAUAUGCUGAACGACGUAAACACAAGAAUCAAUCAGGAGAAGGAAGUAAUAAAAAACGAAGAGGCAAAGAACAGAGAGGUUCGAAUGAUAGAGCUUGUGAACAAGAAUCAUUCUCUGUUCCUGAGAAGCGACAUAUCUAAGGAUGCAGGGUUCUUUUCGUUCCAUCAUGUGUUCAACUUUAGCAAGUUCAAGAUGUACUUCACACUCGAUCUUCCCUCAAAGACCAAACGAGGGUUUGUGACAUUCAAGGAUCAGAGAAGCGCUAACAUUGUAAAGCAGUCCCAGAUAGGAUCAAGGAUCUUUUCUGUUGCUGCAGAGGACGCUCCGGCACCAAACAACGUCAUGUGGGAAAACAUCACAAGCAGUGAGGUUGAGAAUUACAUAUACAGCAUUUUCGGGACGAUUUUCUUCAUCAUGUUCAUAGCAUUGUUUUCAUCGAUGGUUGCAUAUAUGGUUACGCUCCUGGUCAGUUCGGAGAUGUUGCGAGAAAGCAAAUUUGUCUCGAUAUUUCUGGAUGUCAGUAAGCAUGAAACAAUCACCGAGUCGCUCAGAGGCAUUCUAUUUCCGUUGAUAUACAGCUCUAUGCUGCUGUUUGUGCCGGCCGUGAUAACUGCACUUGUGAGCCUUGAAGGGAUAUACUCAUACUCUUCGUUCCAGCAGAAGCUGAUGGGUAAGCUCUGCAACUUCUUGUUCUUCAAUGGGUUUGUUUCGGUGUUUUUUGCAUCCAGCUUCUAUCGCUUGGUUGUUGAUGUGCUGUUCAGAGAUCAGAAGUUUACAAAGGUCAUCGAGACAUUCAGCGAAGAGUCUCUUGAGUCUUCUGUGUUUUUUGCAAACACAAUAAUCCAAAGGGCAUUUUUUGGGACUGCAAUAAUACUGCUGAAGCCUGGGCCGCUCUUGAUCAACUAUCUGUUGAUUCCAUUUGUUGGGAGUAAGACAAGGCGAGAGAAGCAUGAUGCAGAGUACUCACCCCCAUUUGACUUUGGAGUGAUGUUUCCGCCUUUGCUUACUGUAUUUUCGAUGGCGAUAGUUUAUGCAACGAUGUGCCCGCUGAUUCUUUUUCUUGGUGCAUUUUUCUAUGCAUGCAGCUACUUUGCAUUCAAGACCGAGUUUUUGUAUUGCUCCAGGAACGAGUAUGAGUCUGGAGGGGAAUACUGGGAUGUUGCAUGCCAGAACAUAAUGUUUUCUCUGAUUUUUUUCCAGGUGGCCACAUUUGCAAAGAUGUGUUCUGAUGGAAGAAUAUAUUUGGCAAUGAUGCUGUUUCCGAUAAUCCUGAUGACGUUUAUUUUCCGCAACAGCUUGAAGAACAUGUUCUACAAGUCGUGCCAUUAUUAUCCUUUGAAUACCAAGGAGGAAGAGUACCUGGACUCAUUUACCGAGAAGAUGCUUGCGUACAGAAUUGAGCUUUUGGAAAGCUGGUCGGAGAUGGGGGGAGGUUCUGAUGCCGAUGUGCUUCCGCUGGUUGAGCUAGGCGUCAAGGAUACGAAAGAGAUAGAGAAAGUGUCUUACUACAACGAUCCCAACACAGAGGUGACGAAGUCGUUUCUGAUUCUUCCUGAGGACUUUUUUAAGAUUGUGUGGUUUUUAGCGAAGAAUGACAAGGACAACAUAUUUGGGCUGAGAAUAGAAUAG